GCGCCUGGCCGAGGGGGAGACAAGAUGGCGGCGCCGGGCGAGUUCUUCAGCGUGGGCAGUCUCGUGUCCUGCCGCACGUGCCAAGAGCAGCGGCUGCAGGGGGAGGUCGUGGCCUUCGACUACCCCAGCAAGAUGCUGGCCAUCAAAUGCCCCUCGUCCAGCGGGAAGCCAAACCACGCGGACAUCCUGCUGGUGAACCUGCAGUACGUGUCCGAGGUGGAGAUCCUGAGCGACCGCAGCGACACCCCCCCCCCGCUGGCCUCCCUCAACGUCAGCAAGCUCGCCACCAAAGCGCGGACGGAGAAGGAGGAGAAGCUGAGCCAGGCCUAUGCCAUCAGCGCCGGCGUCUCCCUGGAGGGGCAGCAGCUGUUCCAGACCAUCCACAAGACCAUCAAGGACUGUAAAUGGCAGGACAAGAACAUCGUGGUCAUGGAGGAAGUGGUCAUUGCCCCCCCGUACCAGGUGGAGAACUGCAAAGGGAAGGAGGGCAGUGCCCUGAGCCACGUGCGCAAGAUCGUGGAGAAGCACUUCCGGGACGUGGAGAGCCAGAAGGUGCUGCAGCAGCAGCGUUCCCAAGCGCCGCAGCCACAGAAGGAGACCCCAUUGUCCUCCUGAGACCCCAUCAUGGAUCCCACUUUGUUUUCCCGUUGUGAUUCCCGGGGGAGCUCAUCCCAUUCCCAGCACCCGAGAGCAGAGCCCCCC